ACCAGCCCCUGGGUCCACCCUAGCCAGCCCCAGGGGCCUGCUCUGGGCCAAGAGCAGAUUUAACCCUUUCGCAUCCGCUGGGGAGCAAGGCUACGUCCGGAGGGAAACUGAGGCACAUCCCGCCCGCCCCGAGCGCAGCCACAACCUGCAGCCAGGGAGCCCUGCCAGGCCAGACGCUGAGCGCUCCGGUUGUCCCUUCCCCGGGCCAUGGAGCCUCAUCGGAGCCACAUCGCUGCCCUCUGCACCGUGCUGCUCUGGGCCGCCUGCACCACGCAGGAGGGAGCCGGCCCCGGCAACGACUUCAACAUCCAAGCUGCCCUGCUCCUGGGUGAGGAGCCCCAGGACCCCAAAUGUUUCACGCGCUGCCUGGAGGACCUGACCUGCUUCUGGGAGAGCAGCAGCCCCCCGAGCGCCACCGAAUACGGCUUCUUCUACGUCGUGGAGGGGGACGCCCCACAGCGCUGCAACGUGAGCGUGGCCCGGACGCCCUGGAACAGCACCCGCUUCAGCUGCGUCUUCCCCCCCCAGGACACCCCGUCCUUCACCCUCCUGCACGUCAGCGCCUUUGCCGGCAACAGCAGCAACAUCAUCCACGCCCGCAACAUCAUGAUCAACCAAGUGGUUCUCCUGGACCCGCCAUCCAACCUGACGGCGCGCGCGCCCGAGAGCCCGGGGCAGCUGGCGGUGAGCUGGCAGCCGCCCGGCCUGCGCUACCUGGAGAGCAGCCUGCGCUACGAGGUGGCCUUCGCCCCCGAGGGCGCCGAGCGCCAGACGGUCGACAUCCCCGACGGCCGCACCGAGUGCCUCAUCCUCAACCUGCGGGGCCGGACCCGCUACACCCUGGCCGUGCGCGUCCGGCCCGACGGCGUCAGCUACAGCGGCUACUGGAGCGCCUGGUCGGCGCCGGUCACCGUGGUGACGCCCCACGAUCUGGACCCCCUGAUCCUGUCGCUGUCGCUCAUCCUGGUGCUCAUCGUGGUGCUCCUGGCCCUCUUUGCCCUUCUCACCCACCGCAGGUUUUUGAAGAAGAAGCUGUGGCCGGUGAUUCCCAGCCCGGAGCACAAAUUCGAGGGGCUUUUCACCCUCUACAAGGGAAACUUCCAGCUCUGGCUGGGACACAGGAACGCCUACCUGUGGUGGAGCGCGAACCCUGGCUACUUGGAGGAGCCGCCCACCACGCUGGAGGUGCUGUCUGAGGGCCGCGAAUCCAAGGCGGAGGGACCGGUGCCCCUUCUGCCCCCUAAAGCCCAGGGCUUGGUCCCGCCCACCCGCCCUGAGCCGCCCGUGGAGCCCCAGGAUGACUACCUGGUGCUGGAUGAACAGCUGAUGCCAUGCAGCCUGGGUGAGGCCUCUCUGCUCCUGCCAGAUGCCCAAAGCAGUGCGGGCUCUGAAAGCCCCCCUGCCAUGGGGCAGGAGCUGGGCCCCCCGGGGGCUACACCGGAGCCUGUCCCGGAGGAGCGGGUCUCGUCCUCCUCCAGCUUCGAGUACACCGUCUUCGACCCCAGUUCGGAGCUGCUGGCCCCCUGUGGGCACCAGCGCCCGCUCAAAUACAGCUACCUGCUGGUGUCCGACUCAGGGAUCUCCGCUGACUACAGCCCCCUGGGCACCAGCACCCACCGGCCCAACCUCUACACCAACCUGUGCCAGGAUGGGUGCCAGGCCCAGCCCUUCCCAGCCAGCUAUGUGGUGUGCUCAUAGUGCCAGCGGAUGGGCAGGGGACUCCGGGCCUGGAGAACAGAGGUGGAACCCCACGUCUGCUGGACGUGGCGGAAACUCCUUCCUGGCAGGACGUAGCGGGGACCCCGUCCCAGCAGGACGUAGCGGGGACCCCGACCAAACAGGCUGUUGAGGGGACCUGGGAUGAUGUAAAGGAGACCCCCAUCCCAGCAGGACGUUGAGGGGACCCCAUCCUGGCAUGAUGUAAAGGACACCCCGUCCCAGCAGGAUGCAGAGGGGCCCCAUGCCUGGAGGACGUUGAGGGGACCCCGUCCCAGCAGGACACAGAGGGGCCCCGUGCCUGGAGGACGUUGAGGGGACCCCGUCCCAGCAGGACACAGAGGGGCCCCGUGCCUGGAGGAUGUUGAGGGGACCCCGUCCUGGCAUGAUGUAUAGGACACCCCAUCUCACCAGAACAUAGCAGGGACCCUGUCCCAGCAGGGUGUUGAGGGGACCCGGGAUGAUAUAAAGGAGACCCCCAUCCCAGCAGGACGUUGAGGGGACCCCGUCCCAGCAGGACGCAAAGGGGACCCCGUCCCAGCAGGACGCAGAGGGGACCUGGGAUGAUAUAAAGGAGACCCCCAUCCCAGCAGGACUCAGAGGGGCCCCAUGCCUGGAAGACGUUGAGGGGACCCCAUCCUGGCAUGAUGUAUUGUAAAGGACACCCCGUCCCAGCAGGACGCAGAGGGGACCCCGUCCCAGCAGGACGCACAGGGGCCCCGGUGCCUGGAGGACGGACAUAUGACCCCAGCGCCAGCUCCCCCUUGCCUGGGCCUUGCAAGGCUGUGGGGAAGCCAGUGGAGGUGGAUUCCACACGACCCCAGCUCAGGCUCAGACUGGGCUCUUGCGGGGACGGAAACUCCCACCUGGCCGGAUGGGCCAUGGGCAACGCGGCCGGUGCCGGCUGUUACAUCCGCGGAGCAGGUGGUCAGGGACCAACCUGCCAGCAGGGGGCGCGACCACCAAUCCCCCCCCCCCCCGAGCUGGCUUGGAUUCGAAACACGAGCUGGGUGGAAGCUGCAGCCCCCUGUGCCACCAAGGGGAGCCCACCCACUCUGCCCCCCCGCCCAAGCCUGGCUCAGCUGCAAGGGAUGCUGGGAGUCCUGCAAUCCUGCUUCCUGCCCCUUUUCUUUUUGUACUUGUGUGUACGGGGGGCAGGGGAGGGGAGCUCAAAAAGCCCCGUUACCCCUGUAAAUCUGUUACUGCUGUGACCAAUUUAUUAGUCAGGCAGCAGGGGCCAGAGGUGGGAGUGGGGGGGCCGGGUCUCAGGGCUCUUGGGUUCUAGCCCCAGCUGUGGGAGAAGAGUCUGGCCUAGUGGUUAGAGUUAGGGGAGCUGGGAGUCAGGACUGCUGGGUUCUAUCCCAGCUGUGCCACCGACUUGCUUUGUGACCCUGGGCAUUUCCCCCCAAACCCUUCUGCACCUCAGUUUCCCCACUUGUAAAACAGGGCUGACAAUACUGACCGACCCGGGCUGUCAUUUGGAUUUUCCCUUUAAGUAUUUAACUCCAUGGGGUUGUCCCUGCCCUGGGGCGCUCUCGGAUGGACUGAGUCGCCCUGGCACCACCAGCAACCCAUCUGGCAGCACUGAAACGCCUGGGGGUCGAGGGCCGUCUCCUACCUGCCCGGCAGCGGUGGGCCCCAGCUUAGGCCAGGGGCUUGUUAAAGGGGAGCAGGGGUGGGAGGGCCAGUGGGGGUUGAGAAUCCCCCAGAAC